AUGGAGACAGACGCUGCCCAGCCCCCCUGCCCGGGCCCUGGCCAACCACGGCCUAGGAGCUGGGCCACCACCGCCAGGCCUUGGCGAGCUGGGAGCUGUGACGUCCCGCGGGGGCCGGGGCCCUCUCCGCUUUUCCGAGUGAGGCCCCUGCAGGAGGUGUCGGCCCAGAGGGCACUUGGCCUCCCGAGCCUCAGCCUGCAGGAGCGGAUCAGGUUCUUCCAGAAGAGCUCGUCUGCAAGCGAGGAACCUGGCCCCCGGGCCCCCCAGCCGCCCAGCCCCAGGGCCCGGGGGAUGGGGGGCCAGGAGCCGAGGCCCAGUGGAAGGGACUGGCCGCCCCGAAGGAGUGAGGAGAGAGUCCCGUCCAGCAGGGGCCCAGCCCUGCGCCCCAGCAGCGCCGGGCCCCCUGCCCAGAGGGAGCGGCUGGAGCCAGAUGGGGAGACACGGCCUCCCCCCGGCGGGGGCAGGGGCCCCAGUGGGGCGCCAGGCUGCUCCGUCAGGGAGCAGGUUCGCUCCUUCGAGCUGCGCUUCGGGGCGAGCCAGGCUCCCUGUGCGGCGGCUGCCCCCCGGGGCAGGGGCAGGCUGACGGGGGCCCCAGCAGCCGGGCCCCAGCAAAGCCGGGUAGCCUGGGGCAGGGAGCAGGAGCCACGGCCCCCCGGGAAAGGGCAACGACUCUCAGCCCUGCCAGCCAGGCUGUGCCUGCCCCAGCCGGAGCCACCAGCCCCUGAGCAGCCCCAGGGUGGCAGGAGGGCAGGAGCCGGAGCCCCGGGGCUGCCCCAGCCCCCCACGGACGCCGGCAGACCCAAGGCGGCCCAGGGGGAAGGUCCAGCUGAAGGCAGGGCCCCAGAGCUGCCCCCGGCCCUGCCCCCCGCCCCCUGGGGCCUGGGGGAGUCCGACAGGGACGACUCUGACUCCACAGAGUCCUCACUCACCGCCCCCAGUGAGCAGAGCCAGCCCGACGGCCGGAGCUUCGCCCUCAGCAUGGCCGAGCUGAGGGAGUUUGGCCUGGACGAGGGACACUCGGCGUCACUGAACUCCAGCCUGUCCGGCCUGUCCAUGGUGUCCCUGAUCCCAGCCCAAGACCUGGAGCAGCUGCUGGAGGAGGUGAAGGGCCUGGGAGACGAGAGCCAGCAGCAGCACCUCCAGGAGAUCCAGGUGGUCGUGCUGCACAAGGACGAGGGGGCCGGGCUGGGCUUCAGCCUCGCAGGGGGGAGCGACCAGCACAAGAGGGUGACGAUCCACCGCGUCUUUGCCGGCGGCCUGGCCGCCCAGGAGGGCACCAUCCAUCCAGGGGAUGAGGUUCUCUCCAUCAACGGGCACUCGCUGACGGGCUGCAGCCACGUGGAGGCGCUGCGAACGCUGCACCGGGCCCGGACCGCCCGGCAGGCCAUUGUGGUGCUGCGGAAGCGGGGAGUGGAUGGGCUCCCCAACGGCUCCCUCCCAGCGCCGGGCCCACAGCCUCCUCCAUCCGCACCAGACACCAUGGUGAGGCCCCUGCAGGUGGUGAAAGAUGCCAACGGACUCAGAUUCAGCCUGGACGGGGGACGGGGGUCGCUGCAGGGGGACAGGCCACUGACCGUCAAGAAGAUCUUCCAGGGGGGCCCCAAGGACCUGCUGCAGCCUGGGGACGAGGUGCUCCAGAUCGGGGAGAGGAGCCUGCAGGGGCUGAUGCGGCUCGAGGUCUGGCAGCUCAUCAGGGCCCUGCCCAUGGGACCCGUCCAGCUCCUCGUGCGAAAGAAGGAAAAGCCCUGA